AAGAUUCGUGGAAAAAAUUUUUUUUACUUUUUGUUUAUAAAUAUUACUCAGCACAUUUUCUUGCUUAAGAAACACGAGGAAAAAAUUAUACGUCAUAGAAAAAGCUGAAAAAUUUCUGUGUUAUUGACUUGAACUUUAAAAAAAUACAAAAAUAUUAUAUCUGAACUAGCCAACGACGCAAAUUCCGGAUUACAAAAAAUUUUAGAGAGCAACAUAUUACAAUAAAUGUUCUUAUCGAGAUUUGGAUAUUGUGUAAAACUUUAUAGCACAUAACAUAGAUUCAGAAAGAGAAUAAUUAACAUCAAUCUAAUUAGAAACGCAUGUUAUGGUGAUGGUGACUGAGCUUCAUCAUCAGGAAAGUGGAUCACCAACACUCGGUGGAGCCAUAAAUAAAAGAAAUAAUAUCGAUUCAAAUUCGAUGAUUAAUUCGUGUCAUUACACAAACGAUUCACAAUCAUCAGUUUUAAUGAUGAGAUCAUCAUCAAUGAGUCCAACAAUGUCCCAAAUGAGUGACGACCAAUCACAUUCACAUUCACCAGGACCCUAUGAUGUCCAAGGUAUGAAGCGCAAAGACAUCUUCACACAACGCAAACAGCGUGAAUUCAUACCCGAUGCAAAGAAAGAUGACAGUUAUUGGGAUAGACGUCGUCGCAACAAUGAAGCAGCCAAGAGAUCACGUGAAAAGCGACGAUUCAAUGAUAUGGUACUUGAGCAGAGGGUCAUUGAAUUGACAAAAGAGAAUCAUAUUUUAAAAGCACAACUCGACGCUAUAAAAGACAAAUACAACAUAAGUGGAGAGAAUUUAGUGAGUGUCGAUCAAAUAUUAGCAACACUCCCAACAAGCGAGCAGGUCCUGAGUAUUACAAAGCGUCUGAAACCUAAUGCACAUUCAAAUGGCACAAAUUAUGAUGGAAGUAUGGAACGAGACAUUACAACACCAAAACCAUCAAUAACACCAGUAAAUUAUGGACGUGAGCAUCAAUAUGAGAAUUCUCAGCCACAACACAUAAUAUACAGUCGGCAGAGUCAGGGUAGUCCAUUUGAUGGACAUAGUGAGCAUGUACAGCAGUUGGCACCACCACAGCUAACGCCGCCAAUUAUACGCGUCUCACCAAAUCCUCAUUCGUCCGUACCACAACAACAGCAGCAGCAACAAGUUCCUCCAGUGAUUACAACUCUGUUUAAGCCAUUGCACCAAACAACAACUGUACAACAGCAACAACCUUCACCUCAGCAACCACAUCAUCAACCUCAUGAUUUACAUAAAUUUAUUUUAUUGAAUAAGAAUGGUGAAUCACUUAAUCUUAAUAAUAAUACAAGUAAUAAUAAUAUAACUACAACUUCAACUCCAACAACAACAACAACAAUUGAUAAGGAUAAGAUAGUUAAGCAAGUUACAAAUGGUGUCACUGUGAUUAAUAAUAGUAGUAGUAUCAAUAAUAGAACUGAAAAGAUGGUUGUUGAUAAUGAGGCAAAUGUAAUAAUCAGCAGUAGUAAGCCACAACGUGAGCCAGUCUAUCCACAUAUUCAAUUGACGAAAUUCUUAACAAGUUCAGUCAAAUCGAGCUACAUACCGCACCAUACAUUCAGUCAUCAUCAUCAUCAUCAUGUCCCACACCUAAAUCACUAUAAUUCACAUCAUCUUAAUAAUCAUGAGAUGGAGACAAGUAGCGUACUCAAUUUGUCACGACGAACGAUAAGUAAUGGUAGUGGAAGUGAUAUUGGAAAUGAUAAUGAAGUAGAGCAUUUCGGUACAAAUGAGUAUUAUAAUGAUUAUGCAAAUCAUGGUGGUGGAAGUAAUGGAAAUCAAAGCGAUAGAAGUAGUACAGUUGAUGAUGGUGAACAUGAUCAUGAUAUUGAGCAUACGUCAAAUGGAAGUGCCGCUAGUAAUAUCUCAAUGGAUAAUAAUUGCUUGCCAUUAAAGUUACGUCACAAGACACAUUUCCUUGGUGAAAAGGAGUCGGCUGCAACAGCAUUAUUGGCUUUACAUAAUAUUAAGCAGGAGCCAAGUGCUGCAUCACAUUCACCUGUUUGGGAUAAUGAGAAUUCGUCUGAUGAACGUGACUCGGGUAUUAGUAUUGAGCAUCGUGAAGUUAAUCCUGAAUGGUCGAAUAUUCAACGAAAGAUUAUUGUUAAUGCAACGGCAGCUCCUGAGAAUUUCGAACAGUUCAAUACACUUAUUGUUAGCAGUGAUCAACGAUCUGGUACUGAUAGUAAUAUCCAUUUAAAGACACAUCUUGCUAGAUUAGAGUCUGAAAUCAGUACAAUUAAAAAUAUGAUGAUUCUUGGCAACACCGGCAACAGUGCUCCAAUUAAUGCAUAAAUCACACACAUCCUUAAUUCUAUGUUAUUGUAUAACUGAAAUUCCCCUUCUUUUAUUUUAUCACUGAAUUAUCAAAAAAUAAUUAAUUAUUGAAUUUGAUAAUAAUCGAUGUAUUUUUUAUGAAAAUAUUGUUUUCUAUUUUGCGGUUAAACUGCAGUAAAAAAAUUCUAUUAUACUAUUGUAUGUAUAACAUAAUUUCUAAUUAGUUUAUAAAAUCAAAUUGAACAGGAGUGGAUGAGAUAGGAACUUAAUUGAGGAAUGCAGGAUUUUUUUUGAAAAUUUUCAAAAUUUAACGAAGUUUUUUGAAUUUUUGAACGUUUGCAGUUUCAAUUUUAAACU